GAGCUUAUAAAUGACAAGGUGACAGCUCGUCACGUCCUACACUCACUGACUGCCGCGGUGUGCGAGAGCGUUUGAUCCCGGACCCUCCGACGACUCUAUCAAACCGGUUCCAGCCAUGUACGCCUGCGCCAAGUUUGUCACUUCUCCUGCUGUGUUGCGUGGGGGGUCCAGAGUCCUCGCCCGGCCGGUCUCCGUCUCCCUCUUCAACAGACCUGAAGCCACACUGGAGCAGCAGGCUCUGUUGCCGGUCAGCCAGUCUGCGCUCGUGACCCGCUCCAUCCAGACCAGCGCCGUGUCCCGGGACAUCGACACCGCCGCCAAGUUCAUCGGCGCCGGUGCCGCCACGGUGGGCGUGGCCGGCUCGGGGGCCGGAAUCGGAACAGUGUUCGGCAGUCUCAUCAUCGGCUACGCCAGGAACCCCUCCCUGAAGCAGCAGCUCUUCUCCUACGCCAUCCUGGGCUUUGCCCUGUCCGAGGCCAUGGGUCUGUUCUGUCUGAUGGUGGCGUUCCUCAUCCUGUUCGCCAUGUAAACCUGGCAACACACACAACUCCACCUCCCCUCUCACCUUCCCUUCCUCCUUCCCUCCUUCCUUCCCUCCUCCCUUCCCUCCGGAGGGCGGAACAGGAACUCGGGACGAGCUGACGGGCCAUUCCAAUCAACGGAAAAGAGAAUACUAUUAUAAUAAACAAAAAAAAACAGAACACACCUGAAGCUGACAACAGAACCUUCAGUCCUACCUUUUUAUGUUCCUACGCGCUUAUUUUUGUUUUUCUGAAGUUUUAUGUAAGACCUCACUUCGGUUCAAUCUGUCUGAAAUAAAUGGUUGGGAUAACUAAAAACAGA